AUGGUACCAAAUCGGGUGCGCGUCUCGACGCGUCACACGCUUAACUGUCAAAAUGAGGUUACAGUCGCGGUUCUCAAAACUCCCUUCAAGCUAGGCCCGCUGGACUACACUGUGCCUGCUUCGCUAACCAUUGGGGCCAUCUUCGUUUAUCAAAGGCCCGCAUCAAUACCACAAAAUGUCCUCCUGCGUGUGGACCGCCUGAAGGAUGCUGCCGCCAUUCUCCUCGACUACUAUCCACAUUUGACCGGCCGUCUACAAGAGAACCCUGCCAGUCGAGUUGCGGAAAUUGUCCAAAUAGGUGCUGGAGUUGAGCUAUGGGAGGCGAACUGUGACUUGAGGCUCGGAAACAUUGCUGCAUCCAGUCCGUCAAAUCGGUUGCUGAUGCACAACUUGCCGGCUUCGGGGGAUGCGCUAAUCCCUGAGUUUCCUUUGGCUUGCGGCGCUAUUGGCCAUAAUCCCAUCCUUGCCAUUCAGCACACUCGAUUCGCUUGUGGAGGAGUCGCACUAGGGUUUCGGAUUCAGCAUUCGGUGUGUGACCCUACUGGGCUUUUGCGGCUGGUGCGCGAUCUUGCUGGGAUAUACAGACGCAUACGUGAUUUUUCUCCACCAGCUCUUGUCUUCUUGCCAGUCCUUCACUCGUAUCGUUCAACAUAUCCACGGGAACAAUGCUCGUAUAGGCCUCUAAAUCUUUAUCUCGAGGAGGAUGCCACGAUGGAGCUUGAGACAGCCGACGGGCCCUCUAAAGUCUCCAGUCGUGUUUUAAGAUUUUCCGGCCCUGAGUUAAUUGCACUAAAGCAGGCAGCAACGAAUCCCGACCCCAGGUAUCGGCACCCUGUCUCAAGCUUCGAGGCCCUUUCCGCAUAUCUGUAUCAACGGAUAUAUCAAGCCAGGAUCGAAGCUCUAAUUCACCAACGUCUUCCACCCUUCCCAAAAUUGUCGCGUUUGAACCGUACUAUCUGGUUAACCGUAGACAUGCGUGACCCAGUCCGCCUGGACUUAUCGCCCGAUUACUUUCCCAAUGCUGGCUAUUGUGUCAUCGUGGACUCAUCAUACACGGACCCUGAGUUGUAUCCACGGUGGAUGAUAGCAAGCUACAUCCAUUACGCAUUCUCUACAAUGGAUAUGCACAGAGUUAUCAAGACGUUGGAGUGGGUUGCGGCACAGCGAGACAAAAGCCGUAUCAGAUCCACAACCGAAUUUCGUGAAGGGUGUUUCGCCAUCAGUGAGUGGACUAAAGAAGAUACGUAUUUUGACGUUGACUUCGAUGUCGACCAAGAUGGCGAUCCCAUAACGCCUAGCCUGGUCGCCAAGCCGUUCACUGAAGUCGAACUGGUGGAUGGGUUGGCAUAUGUCAUGUCCACCGAGGAGAAGACCAAGCGAAUGAAACAGGGAUUAGUGACUCCUGUCAACCAUACGUGGGCUCUUGAUGUCUACCUGGCUUUGAAUGACUCCGUAUGGACAUUCCUUGAUACGGAUCCUAAUUUCCGGAAACUGUAUGCUUAG